AUGCGCAAGGGGGCAGGCAUAUCGGGACUCUCCCGCCAAACAGCACAGGCCAGCAGCUACAACGCCCUCGGCAGUGCCCUCACCGCUCAACAACUGACCUCCCUCGAGAGCUCGCUCGAUGGCUUCCGCGAGCAGCUCGUGGCCUUUGCAGCCGCGCACCGUGCCGAUAUCCGCAAGGACCCAGCAUUCCGACACCAGUUUCAAAAGAUGUGUGCGGCCAUCGGCGUCGACCCCUUGGCCGGCGGUGCCAAGAGCGCUUGGUGGGCCGAGCAACUCGGUCUCGGUGAAUGGUCCUGCGAGCUCGCACUCCAGAUCGUCGAUGUGUGCGUCUCCACUCGCGAACGGAACGGCGGGAUCAUCGAAAUGGGCGAGUUGAUACAGCGUGUCGAGCACAUGCGUCGCGGGACAAAGGCCGAUGCCAACAACACCGCCGCCCGCACCAACGCCGCUGCCGCUGACGGAGCGUUCACCGAGGACGACAUCAAGCGUGCGCUCGAGCUUCUCGGUCCCCUUCGCGCAGGCUACACGCUCGUCACGGCCGGCGGCACAACAUUUGUGCGCUCUGUGCCCCGUGCCCUCGACACGGAUCAGUCCAUGCUCCUCGUCCUCGCAUCCGAGACGGGCGGUGCGCUCACCGAGGCCGACGUCCGCGACCGUACUGGAUGGCCGGCCAUGCGCGCACGCACCGCUCUGGACGACUGCGUCAUGCGCGAAGGCCUCGGAUGGGUCGACGAGCAAGCCGACCACCGCACCGUCUGGCUGGUUGCAGCUGUCGACUUUGCCGAGUAG